GGGCUUGAUCCCAGGACCCUGAGAUCAUGACCUGAGCCAAAGGCAGACGCUUAAUGACUGAGCCACCCAGCGCCCCCCGCCAGAUUGUUUUCUUAAUUUCAUUAUGUGGUUGUUUGCUGGGAGUGUAUAAAAUGCAAAUGAAUUUUGUGUAUUAACCUUGUAACCUGCAACCUUGGUUCAUCCAUUUAUUCAUUUUAAUCAUUGCUUUAUAGAUUUUCCUGGGAUUUUCUGUGGAAAUAAUCAUAUCUUCUGCCUACUUCCCCCUUUUUUUCAAUUCUUACUGCAGUGUUUACAAGACCGGGUUGCAUGAAAGUGGGGAGCAUUGCAGUCCUUUCUCCAUCUCGGGGUAACAGGGAGCCAUGGUGCCUUCGAGGCUUCUUUCCGUAGGACCUCGGACUGUGCUUGGGAUCGUGGGGCGCUGGACUCGGGUCCGGCUGUGGCCUGCUUCUCCCAGGCUGCACUCAGCCAGCUGUGCGGACCGCGCCAAGUACCAGGAACCCCCCAGGAAAAAACUGCUCUCCGAGAAAAAACUGAAGAGACAUUUUGUGGACCAUCGCCGAGUCCUCGUCUGCGGGGGCCGUGGAGGCGACGGGGUGAGCUGCUUCCACAGUGAGCCCCGGAAGGAGUUCGGAGGCCCCGACGGUGGUGACGGAGGCAACGGUGGCCACGUCGUCCUGAGAGCUGACCAGCAAGUCAAGUCGCUGUCCUCGGUGCUGUCGCGGUACCAGGGUGCCCACGGAGAGGCCGGCGGCAGGAAGAACUGCUCUGGGCGCAGCGGCGCCGUCCUCUACGUCCGGGUCCCUGUGGGCACGUUAGUGAAGGAGGGAAAGGAAGUCGUGGCUGACCUGUCGUGCCCAGGCGAUGAGUACAUCGCUGCUCUGGGCGGGGCAGGAGGAAAAGGUAACCGCUUUUUCCUGGCCAAUGAUAACCGCGCGCCUGUGACUUGCACCCCCGGAGAGCCCGGUCAGCAGCGCAUCCUCUUCCUGGAGCUCAAGACAGUGGCCCACGCUGGGAUGGUUGGGUUCCCCAAUGCAGGGAAGUCCUCGCUUCUCCGGGCCAUUUCGAACGCGAGACCUGCUGUGGCUUCCUACCCGUUCACCACCUUAAAGCCCCACGUUGGGAUUGUUCACUGUGAGGACCACCAGCAGAUAGCAGUGGCUGACAUCCCAGGCAUCGUCCGGGGCGCGCACCAGAACCGGGGCCUGGGGAGCACCUUCCUCAGGCACAUCGAGCGCUGCCGCUUCCUCUUGUUCGUCGUGGAUCUUUCAGAGCCGGAGCCGUGGACUCAGGUGGAGGACCUGAAGUCUGAGCUGGAGAAGUAUGAAGCCGGCCUGUCCGAACGACCCCAUGUGAUCGUAGCGAAUAAGAUCGACCUCCCUCAGGCCAGAGCCGCUCUGCCCCCGCUGCGGGCCCACCUGGGCCGGAGCGUCAUUGCGCUGUCGGCGGCAACCGGGGAGAACUUGGAGGAGCUGCUGCUGCGCCUGCAGGAGCUCCACGGCCAGCACGUGGCGGCCGAACUCAGGUGGUAGCAGCGGGCCGCCCCCCAAGGAUGACGACCCGAACAUCCCGGCUCUGGGUGGAGACGAGAAAGCAGCCUUGAAGAAUCGGCAGCGGCAGUGUCCUCCUGCCGUCUGGCGCUCGCCCUCCGGCCGCCGAGCCAGGACCUCGGACGUGCGCGCCUCCCGACCGGCUGCUCCCCAGUAGCUCUGCACCCGCCGGCGUGCUAACGGGCUGAGGUGGGCUCCCCACCCCUCAUGAGCACCCCUGAUGGGUGAGGACCCCGCGGCCAUCAAAUGCGGUGAGCCGCGUCGGAAUCCGUGUUUGGGACCCCGAGCGGGAGGCACAGACUCAGGAGAGCUGACAUUGUCACCUUCAGCAGCAGCCGCGGUCCCAGAGGCUGGCCCGCCCUAUGGAGGGGACAUGAGGGCGUGGGGACAGGGAGCGUUCACAGCUGCAAGGCUCUUCUCAGAUAUCCCCGUCUGAGAAACGCAGUAGGGGCGACGCCUCCCCUGUUGUUCCCAGACUGUGCUGCGCCCCACGGGAGCCGUUUGCUUCACGACUGAAUGCACCCAAUAUCCGACCCGGGCCUCGCGGUUUCUAACUCCGGCAGCGUGCGGGUUAUUAACUGAGGGUGCAGACUUGUGCCCCCACAUGAAGUCUGAGGCUUCGGGCAUGUCCCUGGAGGUCCUUCAGGGACGAAGCGGUUGGGGACCAGGAGUCAUCAGGGGAAGGGAUUCGCCCCGGGGUCCUGGCCGCGCGCCGUCGGGGCGCUGGGGGUCGGGCCUGCCUCACACAGAAGCCUUGCACCUGAGCUUUCAGGAGCAAUUCUGUUUUGAUCUGCCAUCAAAUCUGCAACUGGAACAAGAGUCCUUUGCCUCAAGCUUUAUUUUAAUGUCUUAUAAUUUCCGAGGUCCUUGUGUUCUGGAAACCAGAGAUGGGUUUUGCAAUCUCUUUGCUCUCUCUGGGGCCACCGCAAAGGGUUUUGUGCAGCUGUGUUAAUGAUCGUGGCCUUUCAUCUCUGGCUGGGCCCCUGCACGGGUGCUGUGUGCAGGGGCGACACCGGGGGCCUCCCUGCGUCUGUCUUGCGCUCACCUGUGCACCCGGCAGCCUCAGGACCUGACCCAGCAGAGACGCUGGUAAAUAUUUAUGGAGUGAAGAAAGGUGUGUACACGUUGUUUCUUUUAGUAAAGGGCACGUGGCUGGCGGGAAGACUGGCUGAGCGGCAGAGGCCCCCCUGCCGCCUCCCCUCCCCUCCCAGCCCCACCGUGGCUGCUGCUCCAGCCCUGUCCCCAGGCACCACCUGGCCCUCCAUGCUGUUCAGCCUUUGCUUCCUGUAUCGAUUUGGGGCACCCCCUGCUGACACCGCUCCGUGGAUCAGGGACUCCGCGUGCUCGCCGUCACGCCGACUGUCGGCGACCCGCACGUCAGGCAGUAGAGCAGCUGCUGUGGCACGUGGUGCACUUUCCCUGUCCAGCCCCUCACUUUUCUUGGAGCCGACUUCUUCCCUGGGUCUCCUUGCCUUGGUUUCUCUCCACUCCUGGAUAUUUGUUUCUGUCCCAACGUCUGUCCCUCCCUGUCGGUUCCAUCUCGCAGACGCUCCAGCUCCAGUGGGCAUUUCCUCCCCCGUGCCCUCCAGUCUCCCGUGCCCAUGUGGCCCAUGCAGGCUGCUCCCCAGUGUCUCCCCCUUGCUUUACUCCCUGCUGUUGAGGUGGCUGUCACCUGGUUCCUCACGGCCUUUCUGGAAGCGGGUCUGAAGAUGGGGGCCUGAGCUGCAGGAUGCAUUUCCCUAAGGCCUGGCACCCCCAUCUCCAGAGCCCUUGCACCCACUUGCUCCAGGAACAAACCUCCAGGCUCCUGCACGGCUCCUGAGGGUGCACAGGGUGCCUGGGGUGCAUUCACCGGCCCUGCCCUUGGCCCUGUCCCCACCCCACCCGAGAGGUUGGCCCUGCCCUGCUGGCCUCCCUUUGUCUUUGAAGAGGCGCAGCCCCUCCUUGUGCCUUUCCUAGCGUGCUGGUAGGGCUCCCAGUAGGAGCGGCUGCACCCCUGUUUCCAGGUGCAGUCAAGGCCUGGCAAAACGGGUGUGCCGCCCACCCUGAGCUGGAAACCGAACGUGGAAAGUACAUGUGAAUACGGCAGCAAGCAGAAGGCUGGACAACACGGUUGUGUGACCACAGACGACCCCAGCUCUGCUGCCUGGCCUGCCCUGUCCUGUGAAAGGUGGGGUCUGUCCCUGCCAUCAGCUUGGGCUGACCCGCAGAAUGUGGAAACUGGGCCCUCUCAUCCCUGCCAGCGCCCUGCAUGUGACCAAGCCCCAGCGGGCGUGCUGGCGGGCAACAGGCACCACUGAGGCAAAAAACAAGCCACCCACGGCCCGCAUUCAUGGGCCUGAGCCCCGCGCCGGUUGCGUCACGCCGGGGAUGCGGAGCGGCUUGCGGGACUGGGGUGUGCACUCGUGUGUUGCUUAGGUGCAGAACGAGCCGUCCGCGGGGCUUCUCCAUCCAGGUGCCUCGAGAUGCUGAUCUUGGGGGUGGGGGGGUUUCUGCUCAGGUCUGGAGCCCCCGGCGCACCUAGCUCGGCCAUCGUGGGACAAUGGCCCGUGGGCUCCGUGGCAGGCAGCCCAGAUGCGGUGGGGCCUGGAGCAGAGCUGCUGCUCCACCCGGACAUGGGCAUCCUCCUCAGAGGCCCGGUGCCAUCCCGGGAACGGGCUGGGGGCACUGUGGGCGGCGUCAGUGUGUCUGCUUGAAACUGUUCGUCCGCUCAGGUUGCCAUGAUGAAGGCCACACACUGGGGGCCUUGAAACAACAGAACCUCAUGGUGUCUCAGCUCUGGAAGCCGGAAGCCCCACAUCGAGGUGUGGGCAGGGCUGUGCCCCCUCUGGAGGCUUAGGGUCGAAACCUCUGGCUGCCCAGCUCCCGGGGGUCCCAGGCCAGGAUCCCUCCAGUCUGCCUCCGUGGUCCCGUGGCUCCUCCUCUGUGUGUUCGUGUCCACUCAUCUUACAAGGACACCAGUCAUUGGACUUAAGGCCCAUGCUAAGCCAGGAUGACCUCAUUUUGAGAUCUUUAAUUCCAUCUGCAAAGACCCUAUUUCCAAAUACGGUCCUAUCCUGAGGCUCCGGUGUAUGGGAGUUGGGGAGGGGGUGGUGCCAGUUACAUCAGUAGAGCGCCCUUUGUUUUUUUUUAAAAUAUUUUAUUUAUUUAUUUGACAGAGACAGCCA